AUGGCUCAAACUACUCCAAACCACACACAAACUGUGUCCGGUUGGGCAGCACAUGACACCUCGGGCAAGAUCACCCCUUACAUCUUCAAACGAAGAGAAAACGGCGUAAACGAUGUUACCAUAGAAAUCUUGUACUGUGGGAUUUGCCACACUGAUCUCCACCAAGUCAGGAAUGACUGGGGCAUCACCAUGUAUCCUAUUGUACCCGGGCAUGAGAUUACUGGGCUGAUAACGAAGGUGGGAAGCAAUGUAAAGGGGUUCAAAGUAGGAGAUAAAGUAGGGGUAGGGUGCUUGGCAGCAUCGUGUUUGGAUUGUGAGUUUUGCAACAGCUCUCAGGAGAAUUACUGUGACCAAGUUCAGUUCACUUACAAUGGCAUCUUCUGGGAUGGUACUAUCACUUAUGGUGGCUACUCAAAAAUGUUGGUUGCAGAUCACAGAUACGUGGUGCACAUACCAGAAAAUCUGGCAAUGGACGCCGCAGCACCGCUACUAUGUGCGGGAAUAACAGUGUUCUGCCCCAUGAAAGACAAUAACUUGGUCGGUGGAGCAAUGGGGAAGAAGGUGGGGAUAGUGGGUUUGGGAGGACUUGGACAUGUGGCUGUCAAAUUUGCCAAGGCAUUUGGUCAUCAUGUUACUGUUAUCAGUACCUCUCCAUCCAAACAAAAUGAAGCCAAAGCUCGUUUGGGCUCCGAUGAUUUCAUAGUCAGCACCGACGAUCAGCAAAUGCAGAAAGCCAGGAGGAGCCUAGAUUUCAUUUUGGAUACAGUAUCAGCUAACCACUCCCUCGGUCCCAUCUUGGAAUUGCUCAAAGUGAAUGGGACUUUGGUGUUUGUUGGUGCACCAGAGAAGCCAAUUGAAUUGCCUUCUUUUCCUUUGAUAUUUGGAAAGCGAGUUGUGAAGGGCAGUAUGAUAGGAGGAAUGAGAGAGACACAAGAGAUGAUGGACAUUUGUGCCAAGCAUAACAUUACUUGUGACAUCGAGGUGAUCAAACCGGACAAUAUUAACGAGGCCAUGGAUCGCCUUGUUAGGAAUGAUGUUCGGUAUCGUUUUGUCAUAGACAUUGCAGCUCUUUAA